CAGGUACGGCAGGCAGGCUACCGCCGUGACGAAGCUCAGUGCUCGGCUUGGCCUCCUUCGCGGCAUCUUGUCACCACCAUCACGCUGGCGUCGCAACUCCCGAUUGUCCACACAACACGCCGCAGGAGCCUCUACUCAACGGAAUCACCAUUAAUUCAGUGUAGCCAGCUGCUUCCAGUCCCUCAUCAUGGCUUCAGGCUACGACCGAGCUCUGUCGGUCUUCAGGUCCGCAGCCCUAUCUAUUCGCGCUCAUUCUUGCUCCUAACUGGAUUGCAGUCCCGAUGGCCACGUUUUCCAGGUCGAAUAUGCCGGCGAGGCCGUCAAGCGGGGUGCGCAACUCCAAAUGACCCCUGGGAUGCGGUGAAACUCACAGCGAACAGGAACGUGCGCUGUUGGCGUCAAGGGCAAGGACAUCGUUGUGCUUGGAUGCGAGAAGCGAUCGGCAAUGAAGCUCCAGGAUACCCGAAUCACUCCUUCCAAGAUCCAGGUCUUGGACAAUCACGUCGCGCUGGCCUUUGCCGGCCUCAACGCUGACGCCCGCAUCCUGGUUGACAAGGCGCGCCUGGAGUCCCAAUCCCACCGAUUGUCCGUUGAGGACCCCGUGACGGUCGACUAUAUCACCAAGUACGUGGCUGGUGUUCAGCAACGGUACACCCAGGCUGGUGGUGUCCGGCCGUUUGGCAUCAGCACAUUGGUCGUUGGCUUUGAUCCCAACAGCAAGGUGCCCCGGCUCUACCAGACGGAGCCGUCAGGUAUCUACUCUGCAUGGAAAGCAAACGCCAUCGGGCGGUCGAGCAAGACGGUUCGCGAGUUCCUGGAGCGCAACUACAAGGAGGACAUGGACCGCGAAGCCACUAUCCGACUGGCCAUCAAGUCCCUUCUUGAAGUUGUACAGACUGGUGCCAAGAACAUCGAGAUCGCUCUAAUGGCCCCAGGCGCGACCAUGGAGAUUCUGCCGACCGAAGAGAUUGAGGGGUACGUUAAGGAGAUUGAGCAGGAGAAGCAAGAGGAGGCGGCAAAGAAGAAGACUGGGCGGACGCCGGGAACGGGAAGUGCCACCAUCCUGACGAGAAGCCAGGAUGAGCCCGCAGAGUGAUGGGCCGUAUAGACGAACGCACUUAGAGGUGACGCGAAACCUUGGGAAACCAUUUGCUCAUAACGCUUUUGUAUCAACACGUGUAAUGUCUGUCCUUGAAGAUGCAAUGCAGGCCGCGGCCAAGGUGUAAAUUGAAACUCUGAACGCCGUG